AUGCGCCUGGAAGAUUAUCGACGAAUCACCAAAUCAGCCGGUGAUCCCACUCAGGAAGACCAGUUGCCUCCCCCUGCUGAGAAUGAGAUUCGCAUUUCUCAAUCGGGUAAAAUAAACCGUUAUGUGGAGAUAGGGUUAACCAUGCUCAAGGAACAGCAAAAGUCGAAUAUUGUGAUUGUGGGCAAAGGUGUGUCGGUGAACAAAGCCGUUUCCGUGGUGGAAAUCAUCAAACGAAGGAUGGAAGGCACGCUACAUCAAUACACCCAGCUAGGAUCCGUCAAAACGGUGGAAAAAUGGGACCCCGUUCAAGGCAAAAAGUUGGAAACCAUGCUUGUACACAAGCAUAUACCAAUGAUCAUCAUUCAUCUCUCCUUAAAUGUCAUGCCACAAUUAGAAGAAUCGUCAGGGUAUCAGCCUCCAACAGGAAACGAUAUCUACAUGUAA